AUGUUAACGACAAUCCAACAACUUCACAGUUCUACGCCAUCUUACAGCUACAACUACAAUCACAACAACAGUAACGAUACAACAACAUUGAUGAAUAAUAUGGCUAAAUCUUCUUUAGCUCAAUAUUCGCUUCUGCCUCAGUCUCAGCAAGUACAACAAUUCGUGGUAAACGAACAACAACACCAACAGCAAAGACAAACGAGUCCUUUGCGCUCUCCAAGUCCAACAGUUGUACCAAACUCAAACAGUUUGCCUCAUUCUUCAGUUAUAUUACCAUCAAUUCACUCACUUAACAUUCCUACAUUUCCCCAUUGUCAAGAGGAAGUUCAUGUCAAUAGAUCAUCAAAUAUCAGAUCACCUCCAUUAUUGAUCCCCAAAGCAGAUAACAUUAAUGAGUCUACUCGCGCAUCGUCGUGCUAUAGCUACUCUAGUGACUCACUGUCAGUUGCACAAGCACCACCACCAGCUUCAUCAAGUCAAUCAUCCACCUUCAACUAUACUCAUACGCCAUUAGCAUCUCCAUACCCUCCUAUGACUGAGGUAUCCAAACCACAAGAAAAACCAUUAGUAUCGCCAACAUCUACACCAUCUUCAGACCAUGAAGACUACGCAGACCAUCAUGAUCCUUCUUCACCAACUCAAUCUAAAAAGCAUUGGAAACCUCGCAAAAAGAGACAAUGUCCAGAAUGUAAAUUAUAUUUUUCCAACUUGGCAACUCACAAAUCAACUCAUUUAAAACCAACUAAUCGUCCCUUUGUUUGCGAGUAUUGCCAACGUGGAUUUGCCAGACCAAAUGAUUUAUACCGUCACACCAAAUGUCAUUGGAAAGAACUUGGAUCUGACAAAGGUCAAUUCAAAUGUCCUUUUAAAAACACUUCUUCUUCUAAUAACGCCAGUGAUGAUAAAUUGAGUUUAUCCUCAGCAACAACAUCAUCUUUCAAUGAUAACUGUUGUCAUAGCACUGGAAUCUUUUCACGUUGUGAUACUUUCAAGAAUCAUUUGAAAGCUAUUCAUUUCCAAUAUCCUUAUGGAACUAAAAAGGACCAGAGAAAUAAAGUUGCUGGUAAGUGUCGCAUGUGUUUUGAAGAAUUUGAAAAUGUUGAUGAUUGGAUUCAUAAUCAUAUUGAAACUGAUUCAUGCCCACAUGCAGUUAAUAAAAUGAAGAGAGAUUAA